AAUUACUGGGAUACUUGGAUGACCUGCCCUUACUGGUUGUGCGAGCCCCAGCAUACUCUCUACUAUUGUAUUUCUUUUCCACUCUAACAGUACUUUUUCUUUGAAGAUUUUCCGUCCGACGAAAAACUAUCUAAGGCAUCUUCCCGUGCCCGAUUUCGAUGUUUUUCUUACUCCGUGUAUGCUCAAAGAACAAGCAAGGAUGUCAAAAAAACAAGAGAUGAGUAAGUUGGAUAUGAGCCGUUGUGAAUUGCCAUGCCCGUCUGGUACUUCACGUGCUAUUAAAAAUGCUAAGGCGCAAAAUGAACAUCUUGUAACACGCCAGAUAAAUCUUGAGUUAAUGGAAGAGUACGCUGCAGAAAGUUACUUGCGAAGAAAUCGAGAACUAGAGCAGUUGUGUACAGAAGCCGAGCGGGAACUCAGACGUACUAAAGAAGAAGUGAUGGAAAUUCACGCCAGGCGUAAAAUGGCUCAGUUAGAUGCAGGUCGUCAGUUGAGAGAGCUGGAAGGAAGUUGGGUGGCAAUGGUGACCAACAAUUACAGAAUGGAACUCGCCAACAAUCAGAUGGCUAUGGCUAAUGCUCAGAUGGCUAAAAGACUUCGACUUGAUCCAUCUGCAUUGGAGCAACUUAAUUGA